CAAUAAUAAGUUCAGGGAGAUACAAUCUUCAGACACGUCUCCAUUCCUGAUGGGCAUGCGAACAACUGUUGGUAUGUUGAGUGCUUUCCAGCUUUUGUUACCUACUCCGAAUGGUGUUUGGGGCAUUAAGGAAGGUAGGUAGUAAGGAGACCAAUGGCUUGCUCCAAGCGGAACACCUCUUCUCCAGGGUAAGAAAAGGGGCAUAAUCAAUUAAAACCUCCUUUCAUAACCUGUGCCCAUGGACAAGCAAUUCUCCUGCGGCUCUCUUCCAGUUGCGAUAGAUUCGAUUAUGCGAGUGCUGGCCAUCAUUAGUUGGUGCCAAGUAACUACGCCUCGAGGGAUUGCCACUUGCGCCACCCUCUGGUCGAGACAGCCUCGGAAACAGCCUCGACUUUCGUAAAAUACCAAGAAACUACUACAAGCCUCUCUCGGCAGGCAGAAUCAAGUGGCUUGAGGAGCAUUGUUGUAUAUAACUUCAGAUAACUCAGCGUAACGGAGCAUUCUCAACGUCCAUCCAUAUCGAGGCAGUAGAACAUCUUGAAUAAUUCCCCUUGCCCUUCGAAGUCGUAUCGUUAUCGACAUACCGCAUCACACACUUCCUGCUGCCACAUCUCAUCCAGAAUCAACUACGAAGGGCCCGUUGACAGCGUCGCCCUCGGCAAUCUUCUAUACUACGCUCUCUUAGAUCCACCAAAAUCUGCCUGCCAUGCCCAAUUCGUGGAAGGAGAAACUUGGCUUCAAGCCAGCAGCCGUCGAACCACCUGUAAAGCUCACGCCGGAAGAGGAAAGGGCAGAGAAGAAACGAGAACGAAAAGAGAGAAUGGCGAAGGCUCAAAAAGAGCAGGAGAAAAAGGACAAGAAGUUGCAAAAGAGAAUCGAUCACGCCAAUUCUUCAGCAGGGGUCUACACCCAAUUUUACAAAAGGGAGAACGGAGAUGUCAGUUGGUGGAAACUGUUCCUGUAUUCCUAG